UGGAGCCUUUUGUGCAUCAGCGAGUCUGUUUGUAUUCCUCAAAGCUCUCCACAGACCACCCGAAGUUCUGGCGAAUCACACCAACGUAAGAAUAUAUCAAACCACCCUCAACCAUACAACAACAGGGAUAGAGAAGCUGUAGAACUCCCUUUAAAAGCGUCACUAUUUUCGUUUUCUUUCCAACUACACCAGUUCUGGUUUAGCUGGCUAUUAUUGUAUACUAUCCUCUAUGUGGGCACGCUCAAUCUAUGGUUAAUCAGAAUUCCGGGUGCAGCAGCCGAAGUUAGCCACAUCACUACAGUAUAUGGGUUGUCACAGACAGCUGCUUUAGUUUUGGCCCCAAUGGCUGGUAGUUUUAUGGAUUUCUGUCUUAGUUCUGCUUCCAAAGAAAAAGAUCCAGACAAAAGGAAACAUUUGAUGAUAAAAGCUGGCUUCUGGCCUAUGUUUAUUACAACUCUCACCCAAGCUGCAGUGCAAGUGUUGAAAUUAUUCAAUACCUGGAUAGCAGUCUAUGCUUCUAUUGCCAUCGUUACCAUCCUCCGUGCUCUCUUGGUAGCAGUAGGAACAGCUUUCAUACCUAUUAGGUUCCCAGCUUCUCAUUUCAUCCGCUUGCUUGGGAUAUUAAGUACAGUCUCUUCUUUGUUCGUCCUUUUACAGUUUCCUCUAUUUAUUUGGGAAUCCAGAUCAGAAAACGACGCCAUUCACGUGAAUAUAUUUGAGUUCUUCUGCCUUGUGAUUGCUUUUGUUAACCCCCUACACUUGCUUGUGAAUCCAUUACAACGUUACUUCAUCAGGAAAGAUAAUGAAGCCGUUAAGGAGCUGCAGCAACGAAUAUAGCAAAAAAUUUACAAAAGGCAUGCGAAUUUGUCAACUCUUGCACUACUCCUAAGUGACUUCUUCCCCUGUCGAGGGACGGAUUUUAAUAUAAAAAAAUUUACUUGUUAAAUACCAAAAUAUUUUACUCGCCAAUUUCAUUCUCAAAAAGGUGAGUAGUUUAAGUGAUUUUACUCAUGUAAAGGCGUAAAAAAUACAGAAGGAUAAACCUAAAUAUAACCCAGCACUAGACGGUGAGUUUACAAAGAAUGCUACAUUCAACCAAAAUAAAUCACAGCUAGUUGGAUGUUUUGUUUUAAUUGUAGUGGAGCACAAAGCGUGUAGCAACAUCAAUUAGUGUAGUAACAGAUGCUACUCGAGUAAAAUUUCUAAUAGAAACCAGUAACAAUAAAAUAGUUAAAUCAAAGUGAAAUACUCAUCUUUGAUAACAGGUAAACAUUUAAAAGUACUUUCUCUCUUCUAGUUAACAAAUAAUUAAUUUUUCUUUUCAUUGACGAAAUUAUUGGCAGUGUGUUGAAAAGCAGAAAGGUAGCAUAAUAUAUUCUGCAGUGACAUCUAUUUGUACAAUAUGGUAUUAAAGUUCUCAGUGUAGUUUUAUCUGCACAUAUACCAGUUAUUAUUAUGUCGAAUAUGAGCACAAAAAUAAAUUAAGUUUUAACGACGUUGAAUAAGAAUUUAAAGAAAAAACAUAUCAAUAACUCACAUUUAUUCCUUAA